AUGGGUGAGGAGUCAGAUAGUGAUUCGAUGAGUGAGUCCGAGGAGAGUCUGAAUGACCUUGAAGCUGAAACUGGUAAGAAAAGAAAACAUGUGAGGAGCAGGCCUUCCUCCUCGAAGGGUAAGAAAAAAUCUAAAGAUAAAGUUCUCCAAAUUAGCUCCUCCUCGGAGGAAGAGGUCUCUGAGGAUUCUGAGAAGGAAGAACCCCAAUCUCCUGAGAAUAAGAAAACCAAACUUCAGACAAGGAACAAACAGAAGAAACAAGAAGUCAAUGUUAUGGAGCUGGAGGAACAAGUGCAGAGAAAGAAUUCGGAAGUCAACUAG